AUGGGUAUCCGAGAGUUUCCAGGCGGCGCUCCCAGGGCCAAGAGCAUCGCUGUUGGUAUGAGGAGGUCACCGGACGUCAGCCCGCGGAGACUGUCCGACAUCAGCCCUCAGCUCCGGCAGCUUAAGUUCUUGGUGGUGGACGAGGCCAUCAAGGAAGAUCUGAAAUGGUCGCGCUCCGUGGAGGACCUCACUAGCGGGCCAGUGGGACUCACGUCCAUCGAGGAACGGAUCCUGCGCAUCACCGGCUACUAUGGCUACCAGCCCUGGGCGACGAGCUACAAAAGGGAGGAGCGCCCCCGGGAGCCCCCGGGCCCUGCAGAGGCCCAGGCACCAGCUGGGACAGAGGCUGGCGGAAGGACGAACAGACACCGCUGGACAUGCUCUCAAAAGCAGCUGAAGAAGGUCUUCUGGGGCGUGGCGGUCGUGUUCUGCGUGUGUGCCUCCUGGGCCGGCUCCACGCAGCUCGCCAGACUGACUUUCAAGACCUUCGAUGCACCCUUCACCCUGACGUGGUUCGCCACCAACUGGAACUUUCUAUUCUUCCCGUUGUACUACGCAGGGCACGUGUGCAAGUCCACAGAGAAGCAGUCUGUGAAGCAGAGAUACAGGGAAUGCUGUCGGUUUUUUGGAGACAAUGGCUUGACUUUGAAAGUGUUCUUUACCAAGGCAGCACCAUUCGGUGUCCUUUGGACGCUCACGAACUACCUGUACUUACACGCAAUAAAGAAAAUAAACGCUACCGAUGUCUCCGUGCUGUUCUGCUGCAACAAAGCCUUUGUUUUCUUGCUGUCGUGGAUCGUUCUCAGGGACAGAUUCAUGGGAGUGAGGAUAGUGGCGGCCAUCCUCGCCAUCGCCGGCAUCGUCAUGAUGACCUAUGCAGACGGCUUCCACAGCCACUCCGUCAUCGGCAUAGCCCUGGUGGUGGGCUCCGCUUCCAUAUCGGCCCUCUACAAGGUUCUGUUCAAGCUGCUUCUGGGCAGCGCCAAAUUCGGAGAAGCGGCCUUAUUCCUGUCCAUCUUGGGCGUGUUCAACAUCCUCUUCAUCACCUGCAUUCCCGUCAUCCUCUACUUCACCAGAGUGGAGUACUGGAACUCCUUCGACGACAUUCCGUGGGGAAACCUCUGCGGGUUUUCCAUUCUCUUAUUGACAUUCAAUAUUGUAUUAAAUUUUGGAAUCGCUGUCACGUAUCCCACACUGAUGUCUCUCGGAAUUGUCCUCAGUGUCCCUGUGAAUGCAGUGGUGGAUCACUAUACCAGCCAGAUAGUCUUCAACGGAGUCCGGGUCAUCGCCAUCAUCAUCAUCGGCCUGGGCUUCCUCCUCCUGCUCCUGCCAGAGGAGUGGGAUGUCUGGUUGAUCAAGCUGCUCACCCGCCUCAAAGUGAGGAAGAAGGAAGAGGCUGCGGAGAGCAGCGGGGACUUGGGCACAGGCCCCCAGAGCAGGAGCAGAAGAGCCCGCCCGUCCUUCGCUCGCUGA